AUGAAAAGAAGCGACAUUCAAAAUGUCAUAUUACAUAAACGUUCAUCUUUACGUAUUCCUAUUGGAUUUCCAUCUCGAUAUACAACAGCCAUGAAUAGAAAUAAUUUAUCAGGAGAAAAUGUUAAAAUUAUCGAACAUAAAUAAGGCCUAGGAUUUUGGUUAAUUGUUUUGGCUUGUGCUGAUCGAUAUCUUUGUAGUUCUACAUCAAUUAAUAAGAGAGCAUGGAGUAGUGUUCGUGUGGCUAGUCGAACUAUUCCACUUACUAUUCUCAUUGUCUUAAUUGCUUAUAGUCAUGUUCCGAUCUUUUUCAAAAUUGAUAUUAUACCAGCUACUCAGAAACCUAUUUGUUAUCCUCCAGGACCACCUGGAACUUAUCGUAUAGUAUUGUCUUAUUUUAAUCUCAUCUUUCUUGGUUUAGCUCCAUCUUUUUGUAUGCUUAUAUUUGGUGUGCUUACAUUACGAAAUAUUGAUCAAUCAAAACGACUUUUUGUAAUAUCUUCGAACAAUUUGUCAAAUACAAAUAAUGAAAACAUGCGAAAGACCAAUAAACACAUUCUUCGAAUGCUACUCGUUCAAGUACUUGUUUAUAGUGUAACAGGACUAACAUUUUCUGUUGCAUUAAUUAUUACAGCUAUACAAGCUAAUCGACCAAAAACUGUCUUUCAAGUAGCUCAGGAAAACAUGAUCAAUGCAGUAGUUGGUAUACUUUCAACUCUAGGUCCUUGCUUAAGCUUCUAUCUAUUUACACUCUCAAGUAAUCUAUUUCGAAAAGAACUUCAAAAUCUGUUCAGUAAGUUUAACCGGAUUGGUAAUCAGUCGCAGAACAUUCAAACUCGUACAUCAAAUACAAAUCAUAUCAGAAUAAAAGCAACAACGAAAGUCUGACAGUACAUAGUUUCUAUCUUCUCACAAAAUGUAUUCUUAAUAUCCUGUCAAUAUUUGAUGUUGUGUUAUCUGUCAAGAAAUAAAAAUUCAAUUGUUGAAAACA